AUGACUAAGACGGCAAAAGUUCUCCAAGGUACCCGCGAAGCAGCCGUGAACAUGAAAGCCGCCGGUACGAAGGUCAGCACCAUUGCACGAGGAUUCUGGGGAUCCCACAUCAGACCAUCACAUCAAUCCUUCAACGCUACCAGGUUAGGAAUUCUGUUUUUUAAACUGCGGAGGAAGGGAAGACCUCGCUGUACCACUGCUGGACAAGAUAGGCGUAUCAUUCGCCGUUCUAAAGCCGACCCUAACCUAAGUGCAGUCGACAUUGCCGCUGAAUUCAGGGUGAGCGAUGGCAAAAUCAGUCGGCAGACCAUAGGGAGACGUCUCAAUGCAGCUGAACUCGAAGGAAGAAGUCCAGCCAGGAAACCGCUUAUCAAUUCGAAAAAUCGGAGAGCGCGAGUGGAGUUCGCACGCAGUCACCUCCACUGGACCUCGGCAGAGUGGAGCAAAGUUCUCUUCACAGAUGAGAGCAAGUUCAUUCCGUUCGGAAGUAAUGGUACUGUGUACGCGAAAUUUGAAGCGGAAUUGAGCUGGAAACCUUGGUCUGACGGUCACCAUGGCAGCCUCAUCAACGACGUAAUUGCACCAGAAGCUGUGCCGCUUUGGUUGUCCGAGGAAUGUCGCCAUCCGCUCACAAUGAAGGCACUGCCUGGGCAAGAGAAA